AUGAAACCAUCACACGAGUUAUGGAAGACCGUGCUUGAGCCUCAAAAUUAUACUAUCAAGCUCUGGACUGACGAUGACGUCCUCAAACUCAUCAAAUCCAAAUACGCAUGGCUACUGCAGACAUACAUGGGAUAUCCUCAUAAUAUUCAACGUGCCGACAUCGCCAGACUGCUUGUUGUCCACGCCGAAGGCGGCAUUUAUGCAGAUCUAGACGUGUACCCUAGGUCAGCCGAGCACAUACAAUGCCUCCAACAUCUCGGUUUGCAAGCAGUAUUUUCUACAACCUCAGUGGGUGCUUUACGAGGUAAAGCGGCGGGCGUGUGGACUGCCAUCACGAUGGAUAGUUCUGCCAUACCUGCAGGUCUUUUGGACUACGGGGCCGAUAAUGUUGACAUCGGCGUUUAA